UUUUAGGGUUUUGCGAAACCUUGAGGCCAGAGCCCAUCCAUGCAUCUUCGACAAUUCAGAAUUGGGUGAUGAAGGUUUCAGACGAAGGCCAUGAAGAAGCAGGAUGAGCGAUGGUGAUGCUGCUGCUGCUACUCAUCGACAGCCAGUUCCGGGAAGAAUUAGGCGGCGGUGGCGGAGGGGACACAAUGCUGUAGACUUGUGCUUUAGCGUCGUAGUUCUUCCUUUUCGCGCUGUUCCUCGAGGAAUUGUGUGAACCAACUGUUGUGCGAUUUGGUGGUGUUGGAUUUUUGGUCUCGUGUUCGGAAACGGAAGAGUUGUGGGGAUCGCAUCAGCGGUGGUGUCCGAAAUGGCCCUGUCCAAGCUCCGAUCGCUGCGUGGCUCGCUCUACUCCCCUGCUGCAAGCUGCGUCACGCUCUUCUUCUCCAGGGGAGCUUUCUCACACGCAUCAAGGCAGGGCUGCAACCAUUCAUUUGCUUGUGUGUCUCUCGCAAGCUCCAACUCCCUCCUAUUUCAACAUGCAGCCAUGAUCUCUCUUCUCGGACGGAUGCCUGUUUGGACCAAAGGAAACGUUGUCAGGGAGCGAAUGAUGUCAAUUGCGUCCUCAGCAGCUGAGCAACAGACUACUAUUAGUGCUGAAUCUGAGGUCAAGAUUGUAGAGGAAGAGAAGAAGCCCAUCGUCUUACCCACGAAUGAGUCAUCAGAAAAACUUUUGAAGAUUCGUCACACUAGUGCGCAUGUGUUGGCAAUGGCCGUACAGAAGCUUUUUCCUGAUGCGCAGGUAACGAUCGGCCCUUGGAUUGAGAAGGGCUUCUAUUACGAUUUUGAUAAGGAAGAACCUUUUACAGAGACAGACUUGAAGAAGAUCAAGAAAGAGAUGGAUCGAAUUAUUAGCCGCAAUCUACCUCUCACGAGAGAGGAGGUUGCAAAAGAGGAAGCUGAGAAGCGUAUCAAGGCCAUAAAUGAGCCUUAUAAGCUAGAGAUAUUGGAGGGUAUUAAGACAGAACCGAUUACAAUAUACAAAAUAGGGGAAGAGUGGUGGGACCUCUGUGCCGGGCCUCAUUUAGAGAGGACUGGACAACUUGAUAAACGAGCCAUUGAGCUCGAAUUUGUGGCAGGAGCAUAUUGGAGGGGCGAUGAGAAGAAGCAGAUGCUACAAAGAAUUUAUGGGACAGCAUGGGAGUCGGAGGAACAGCUCAAGGCGUAUCAAGUUCAAAAGGAGGAGGCUAAGCGCCGUGAUCACCGGCGUCUCGGACAAGACCUUAAUUUGUUUUCUAUCCAGGAAGAUGCAGGAGGCGGCCUGGUCUUCUGGCAUCCGAAGGGGAGUAUGGUGCGUCACAUAAUUGAAGAUUAUUGGAAGAAAAUGCACUUUGCGAAUGGGUACGAGCUUCUUUACACUCCUCAUAUUGCUAAGCUUGACUUAUGGAAAACAAGUGGACAUUAUGAAUUCUACAAGGAAAACAUGUUCGAUCAGAUGCGAAUAGAGGAGGAAUUAUACCAAAUUAGGCCUAUGAACUGUCCCUUUCAUAUUCAAGUUUAUAAGGAUUCACUUCGAUCAUAUCGAGAGUUGCCCAUGAGAGUGGCAGAGCUGGGCACAGUUUAUCGUUAUGAACGGUCGGGGGCUUUACACGGCCUGUUUCGUGUUCGAGGUUUUACUCAGGAUGACGGACACAUCUUUUGCCUCCCUGACCAAAUAAGGGAUGAGAUACGGGGAGUACUUGAUUUAACAGAGAUUGUUCUUAAACAAUUUGGCUUUACGAAAUUCGAGAUCAACUUAUCUACAAAACCUGAGAAAGCCGUUGGCAGUCAUGAGAUUUGGGAGAAAUCUACGACAGCUUUAAGAGAGGCACUGCAGGACAAGGGUUGGGAAUAUAGCAUUGACGAAGGAGGCGGUGCUUUUUAUGGUCCUAAAAUUGAUGUGAAGAUAGAGGAUGCAAUUGGUCGCAAAUGGCAGUGCUCUACCAUUCAGGUGGAUUUCAACCUACCCGAGAGGUUCAACAUGGUGUAUGUGGACACUGAUACCUCAAGAAAGCAACCCAUUCUGAUUCACAGAGCUAUCUUAGGUUCAAUUGAGAGAUUCUUCGGUAUAUUGGUCGAGAAUUAUGCCGGUGACUUCCCCUUGUGGCUUGCCCCAGUGCAGGCUCGUUUGCUGCCUGUGACGGACCAUGAGGUGGAUUAUUGCAAGAAUGUGGUUGCUAAGUUGAGAGAAAAGGGCAUCAGAGCUGAAGUUGUGUUUGGUGAGCGGCUUGGGAAGCUGAUUCGUAAUGCAGAGACGCAGAAGAUCCCAGUGAUGGCUGUUGUAGGACCCAAGGAAGUGGAGAGUGCAACUUUGACUGUGCGAACCAGGCACGGUGGGGAGCUCGGCACCUUGAGCUUGGAUGAUCUAACCCAUAAGAUCCAGCUUGCAACCUCAAGUUGUGGUGUCUUGUAAGCCUCCCAAAUGACCAAAUAUAGAGUACAAAUAAACAUUGUGGUACAUCAAAUCAAGCUUUUAAUUGAUUAAAAUGCAUCGCGGAGUUAGACAGCUUCACGAAGUUCUUGAGGUACCUUGUCAUUGUUCUUUCAACAAGUCUUGAUUCUUACAAUUGGAUUGUGAUGUUAUGCCUUUCUCUGAACAAUUUGCAAGAAUUAGAUUUAAUAAAAUUAACGUCUAUUUUUGUGAA